AUGUACACCAGCUGCUUUGCACUGGCUUCGACUCAAGUAGUUUUGGGAAAUCUGGUGCAGCAGGGCACAGAUAUCUCCCUGUCGUGUUACAAGAAAGCGGUUCUCUGGAUUGCAGAAAUAAGCUCUCAGUUCCAGUUUUACCCUGAAACAUUUGCCUUAGCUACCAGCAUCCUUAACCGGUUAUUGGCAUCAGUAAAGGCCCAAUUAAAAUAUCUUCGGUGCAUAGCAAUUUCCUGCCUUGUCCUUGCAGCAAAAACCAAUGAAGAAGAUGAGGUAAUGCCAUCGGUGAAGAUGCUCGCAGUGCAGAGUGGUUGUAAACGCUCUCCAGCUGAGAUCUUGAGAAUGGAAAGAAUUAUACUAGAUAAGCUUCACUGGGAUCUUUACACAGCAACACCAGUGGAUUUCUUAAACAUUUUCCAUGCCAUGGUGAUGUCCAACUGGCCCCAUCUACUACAAGGGCUGCCUCAGAUGAAUCCUUCCCGCCAUGUCGCGUUCUUGACCAAACAGCUACAGCACUGUAUGGCGUGCCACCAGCUAUUGCAGUUUAAGGGCUCCACAUUGGCUUUGGUGAUCAUCACCUUAGAGCUGGAGAGGCUGACUCCUGAUUGGUUUCCUGUUAUUACUGAUCUGCUAAAAAAAGCACAGAUUAACAACACUGAAUUCAUCCACUGCAAAGAGCUUGCGGAUCAAGAGCUAACGUGCCUGCAGCCAUCCAAUGCAGUUUAUGUUUUCUGUCCCAUCAGCCAAGCCACCCAGGGCCACCCCCAGGCAAGGCCACCCUGCCACGACCCUUCUGGAUUGAAGAAUUCCCAUCAAGUGGGGUUGAGGGUCGCCGCAAGCCAGCCGGUUUUAGCACCUUUCACACCUGCUACAGCCCAGAUUCCUGCUGGCACCGUGGAGGCUGAUGAAUACUACGAUGGAUUCAGACACCUGUACAGCAAGGACAGGGGAGCGAGCGGUGGGAGGAUGAAUGCGGGCAGCUCCCACCCUCAGCUGAGGCCUGGAGAGGGCAGGUCCCCCUGUCCCCCCUUACAGCCGCCUCGGAAGCAGCAACUGCAGAACCAGUAGGUCCCAGCGAAUGAACAGGUGACAAAGCAAAAGCACUGCCGUGUUUUUCAGAGGAUAAUGACAAAUUGGUAUUCUCUUUCUAUUUUUUGCAUCCUUCCUGAGCAGCGUGUGCUGCCCCUCAGCUUUUAACAUCAUGUAAAUACAGAAAGCUGGGGAGAGAGUUGGUCACCGUCCUGCAGCUCAGAGAUCAAGCUGGCCGAAGGCUACGAACUGCACCAGAGAGAGCCAAAUGCCUCAGAGUUUAUUUUUAAAAUAGCUGUGAUGAAGUGUGACAGAUGGAGCCUUUCACCCAGCUCACUCCAUUGUUCUCUUAUUAGAGCUAAUCUGACUGGCCCCAUGGGAGGGUGAACAGGAGCUGCUCCCGAGGAAGGGGGAGCUCCCACUCCUGGCUCUGUACGAGCGGUCCUCAGGUGGAGCCAUGGUUUUGAUUUAGCAGUGAGAAGUCUGAGAACCAAACCUUGUGGUUCUCCUUAAGGCCUUACUAGAAUCCAGGGGCCCGAGGGCUGCGCUCCUUCCUGCUUAAGCCAUUACAGACCCAAUCCCAGUUCCUACGAGCUGCGGGAAAUUGCUUCUUGUCCGCAGUCGCCGCUGCCUCGGGCCCUCACCCACCAGCGCCUGCCUUUCAGGGUUUUUUUUAUUUAUUCUGUCUUACCAGACUAGACAAUACAAAGUGCCUUUAAUGAAUUCCCUCCCCACCAUAUCAGCUUUUAGUAACUGCUCAUCUCCACAGCAAAGCGGUUUUACAAAUUGCGAAGGUCGCUUUAAACCUCCAUUGCGCUUUUAAAAACGAGCCUUAAAAGUUCUUUUAAAGUAAGUGUUUUCUUAGGGGAUUUUUUCAUUGUUUUAAACAACAGGGCCAGCAUUCAGGUGGUGGUUGUCCUAGCUUGAAGGUAUAAUCCAGACAGCACUGGAUGAGUAACACCACCACACCUGCACGUCCUGUCACAAACCAGGGAAGGGUUUCCUGUGGCACAGGCUAAAUGCUGAGCGGGUGUCUCACAUUAUGGCACAGGACAGAUAAAUAAAUAGGGAUGAGGCAGGAGCAAGGAGACCCUCGUGCUGUGUAACAGCAGCGCUCAUCAUUGCGGGAGGAAAGUUCCUGGCCUUCCUUCCCUUGCUCAUCAUUUUACCUUGUAGGAGAGGCAUCCCUGAACAUCUAACUGAGCAGGACUGAUGUCCUGAGCAGCUCUGUUAACAGAUAACGCUUUCAAAAGCAUCACAUUUGCCAGAGCUGGCACUGAGAACAGAGGGCGCUUUGUAUGUGCACAGGGAGAAAGCCACGCUUUUCUUUUAAAACCACAAAGAAAGCGGUGCCUAAGCAUUGCAAAGAAACAUUUCGUGUCAGAGGCUGGGUGCAAACGACACGCCUGGGCAGAUGCGACUCGAACCAGCGGCGAAACCGAAGGAGGUCCCACGAGGCAAGCCAAAGCCCCCGCAAACUGCGAAUGCUGUGCUGCAGCGGAGAGCCUCUGCCCUGGCCGGGGGAGGCUGCGGGAGCGGGACUCGGCGCCCGGUUUUAGACCGGGCGAGGUUUACGAGGCGCCCACGCUACCGGGGGCCGGGCAGCAGCGUGCGUGGGGUACGUUAUUCACCCUGCCUACGUACCCCAGGGGAGGCUUGCAUUCUGUGGCGGGGCUCUUCCCUCCCCACAGUGAGGCACCUUCCUUUUCCAUCACAAGCCAUGACUUGACUGCCUGACUGAAGGAGGCAAGUUUUGAUUAAAUAAAAUACAAGUUUGGUCUGCGUGGUCUUGGUGUGCUCCUAGAAGAGGAGCCGAUGCCCGCAGAGGUCCUUGCAGGAAGGUGGGGUGCGUGCCUGGUUCUGCUUUUCCUCCCAUCCCUUCGCCAUAUCCUGAGCAUCUUCACCAGCUGCGUAACCAGUGGAAAUGCUAGCAGAAAAAUUCUACGCGUGGUGAUUAACACGCUGUAACUUUACACCGCAACAACCACACCUCAUGGUUUUUCCCCCAGCUUUGGGCCUACGUCCAUAGUUCCUUGCCCGUAAGCUGGCUGUGACAUUAAAAACCGUGAAGCAACCUGCUUCUCAAAGCCUCUGCAGAUCUACAUGACCAACGCUCAAAAGUAUACGUUAACAGGGGGUUCAUCCCAAAAGAUGAGGUCAGUGCUGCUGAAAGGCCCACCAGGGCCCUGCGUUCCCAGUCAGGGUGCAAGAUGCCGUACUGGGAUGGGCACAGUGAGUCUGGAGCCUGCCUGCUCUCCCAGGACACGCUGCUUCCCUGGCAGCACAGGUCCUUCCCGCACACCUCUUCCAACGCUGGAGUUACGGCAAAGGAACCGACACCUGCGGCAUGGCCUCGGCAGGUUAAAAGUGCCGCUCACCUUUGCGUCACCGUUAAGAACGGAGAUUCCUGCCCUAAAGGACAAGCUGCAAACUACAGGAAGAAGCCGCUGCUGCAACGGUAUCAUCCUUGUUACCGAAAGAGAGCGUUUUCCAUAGCGAGAGCUGCACAAAUUCCAUUCUCACUGGCAGAACAGAGGCUGAGGCUGUUAAUAUCUUUCCCUUUACCAGCUGUACGAGGAACAAGCCCGACACGCCACGCAGCCAGGUGACAGCAGUGAUGGGAGCAAUCGUUUUGCCCUGCUGAGUUUCCCAGACGGGCUGCGCGUGGCACGCUUGCUACAGACACGAGUUUAACUACCCGCGCCCACGCUCAUCGCUGUGGAUCCCCUAACCAUUUUGCUACGCACCAGUUACCGGCGAGAGGGUGCCAGGUUCGGCCAGCACAGCGAGUUUGGGCACAGAUUGGAUGUGCUCAGGGCUAGUUUUGUGAGGUUUGUUAUUUUGGGGAAUAUUUGAUCUCUGUAAAACUCUGGAGAACAUUUACAGAGUGUUUUCAAAGAGUUCUUAGGGUGCCUCAUCCUGCCCUGGUGAGGAAGGCUGCUUCCUCCCUCCCUCAGGCACGAGCAGAGCACAGCUCCCGGCUCUGGCCCUCAGCAGAGACGCAAGGGUGGGUUUGUGCCAGCAAUGGCGGGAUCCCCUCCCCUGCAGGGACCUCAGCCAGGUGAGGCAUGCCCCUCAGACCCAGCCUCCUUUUGCUGUGGCCUUACUUCGGGCCUGAUCUCCCGCUGCCUGAAGCUGACACCACCUUGUAAGCAAAGCUGCACUUACACCCGACCCCCCUGUAGCCAGUAUCCAUGGAAUUGUUUUGUCCUUCAAGAAGUUUCCCGGCAGACACCGCUGCUGCACCGAUUCUGAAUCAGAACCAAAAUAUAAACCAGACACCUACAGAAACAGCGAAGCAAUUCAGAGGCACCCCCAGCUGCCGCCACAUCUCCCAUUCAUAAACCACCAUGAAAGGGAAGCGUGUCGCAGGUAAAGCGAGUCACCCCGGAGCCGUCACGCGUGGGGAUGAGGCUGCCUCACCGCGGGCCGGCACUCACCAGAGCGGUUCAGAUAACAAACCCGACUCGGUAUCGCUCCUUACGGUGGGCGUGCGAUGACCUAGAAGAAGAGUUCAUUUACACAGUUGCACAAAUAAAGAAACUUCUGUGGUCAGAGAAUCGAUCAAGAUGUGAGAAAACAGCAGAGGGAAGAGUAACAGGAUAGUUGUUCUGCCAUAUUACAGGUUUCUGACAGAAUUUGCUGACACGUCAAAGAAACGCACCGAAGGAUGUUACCAACACCAAGCGCUUCCUGAUGUGUGUAAAGCCUUUUAUGUGUUUAUUCUUCCGGGCUGCCUUUGUAUCUCAUUUGUGGGGAUGCCUCUGUGGCUGCUCUGGUGGUUUGUUUUUUUUUUUCUAAUUGGCUUUACUCUUUUAAAUUCAAUUUGAACGGUACUUACAGUUCGAAUCUUUAAGCAUGCAGGAAAGCGCGCUUAGAUCAAGCGAUGCAUUAACUCCUGGCAGGUCUCAGCAGCUCCCCCUCGUUCUUCCUCAGCAAGGCAUGCAACUUGAAUCCCACUGGUGACCAAACUACGGUCGUGGCAAACAGAACUUAAUCAAAUCUUCUGAGAAAUUUAGAAAGGGGGGGGGGAGAAAAGCUUUUAUUCCCAAUUCCCCAAUCCAGGUGGGAAUCUAACUUGAGGAUAGCUCCAAACCAGACUAAAGCUUUGCUAAAGGAAUUUAACUGGUUUGCCUCAAAAGAGGCCACAGGCAAGUUUAAAACAGUCAUUGAAGUGGCAGCAAAGGGUGUUUCAUUGCUCAGCUCAGCCUGACGGUCACCCGCUGCUUUGGCACAACAGAUGUGAAGACAGACAGACCCACCCUAAGCGUACUUCCAGCUCUGAAUCCAUGGCCCCCGAGAGAGACAGACCCUGGCUGCUUCUCACCUGGUCCCGCUGAAGCACGGGGUGCCUCGUCCCUGCGCGCUGCGGCAGCAGGGACAGGCAGGGAUGAGCCACGGGGGACAAACGCCCUUGUCACGGGGCUUAGUCCCUGCUGCCUGCAAGGGGCAGGUGUCUCCAGACCUUGCCCAUGUGCCUGCUUUGGUUAUUUCUGGGGCACACGCCACAGGCCUGUUACACACCGAGAUUGAUUUCCAAAUUCUAAUUUACUCCUAGGGCAUCCAGGUGUUUUGGCAAUGGUCAUGUAUGACACCCCCCAGGGCCAGGAGCUCAGCACCCGCGGCAGUCAGUGCCUCGUGCCUCUACACCAUCUUCCCUCAGUCUCAGCAAACUCUUGGGUGGUGAUGGAGACACAGCCUGCUCGGUGGGAGCCUCCUCGGGCUCCUGCCAUGCCCCCCGCUAUUCACCACCAGAUCUUGUCCCGCUCCGGUCACAGCACCGGCCCAAGGGAGCGGGACGGGCUGCAAGCUUCCUUCCCACCUCCUGCCACGGGCUGGUUUGCUGCCCAUCCUACAGCCCCACGGAACCGGGCAAGCAGCAGCUCGGAGGCGGGGAGGGAGGCUGCUGGCAGCAGCUGCCCCUGACGUACGGGGGGUCAGAAGGGCCCUCUGGAGCUCACCCCGUCCCACCCCUGCUGGAGCAGGCACCCCCAGAGCAGGGGCACAGGGCCGCGUCCAGGUGGGGGGUGAAUGUCUCCAGGGAAGGGACCCCACAGCCUCUCUGGGCAGCCUGUGCCCCUGCUCUGGCACCCGCACAGGGAAGGGGUUUGUCCUCAUG